GCCUGUUAGUGACACUUUCCCCCAAACUGCAGCGUUGACUCUCGGUGAAGGGACGUACAGUCGACGCGGGGGAAGCGCCACACUCGAGACGCAGAGAUCCGUCUGGUUCCAGCCCUGUUCCUUCCACGGAAGAUCAUCCGGAGCGGCUCCGAGGAUGUUUGCGCGCUGUGUUGGGUAAAUAAAUAUCAGGACGCACAGCACAGCACACCCACGUUGCGUAUCCCAGCCACCCCACCACCCCCCCACCCCAAAAAAACAACCUCUCCGCGGCGCGCAGGGAACAAGAAGAACCGGGAUUGUGCCACUUCUCCGGGGGCUUGUGCGCUGCUGCCUGCUGGGGUUCCAAAACACACGGGGGGGGUUUAGCCGAAUGACACGCAACGUGGUCCGCGUUCAAUCCAGCGUGUCAUUCACAAGGCAGAGUUCAUCUUGACGUGAAGGCGAAUGCAGAGUUGAGAUUGGACCGGAGCGACGGACGGAGGUUGGAUCAGUCCCGCUCGCCCCGCUUCAGCCCCGACGCAGAACUCGCAACGCGGUUUGUGUUCGCGACUCGUUCACUUUGCCGGACUUUUUUUUCUCCAAGAGGUGACUCUCUGACGAGCAACGUGUUUAUGGAUCGCUGCGCCGCGACGAGCACCGGGACUUUCAGGCUACGCGCGCACGCACCGAUCACGCGGAUGCCUUCCUGUAAACUUUGAUAGAUGUUUGCAUUAAUAACUCACUGAUAACGAAAACUGCGAUUUAAACAAACGAGCUCAGAUAAACUCAGACUGACCCCUGGAGGAAGUGGGAAGCGCCUUUUUUCGUCCUUCCUCUUUUUUCUUUUUCCUCCCCAAGACGUCAGGACGGAUCCCUAUCACCCAGUCUGACUCAGCUUUCUGUGAUUUAAACAAAGACCAAAAAGUGUUGGGAGGAUAGCAUGGCAAUGGUAGUAAACCAGUGGCCAGAGAACAUUUCCGCAGAUCCGGGGUCGCAGCUCCAGAUUUGCGGCCAGGAGCCCGGCGGGGCACCGGGGACCCCCAACGGUUCCACCCCGGGGAACGACGCACUUUCCGGGGACAAGAUCUCCAACGUGGACUGCAUGGUGUGCGGGGACAAGUCCAGUGGGAAGCAUUACGGCCAGUUCACCUGCGAGGGAUGCAAAAGCUUCUUCAAGCGCUCGGUGAGGCGGAACCUCACGUACACCUGCCGGGGGAACCGAGACUGUCCCAUCGACCAGCACCACCGGAACCAGUGUCAGUACUGCCGGCUGAAGAAGUGCCUGAAAGUGGGCAUGCGGAGAGAAGCAGUACAACGAGGACGCACAUCGAACUCCCAGACCAGCCCUGGACAGUACCUGACCAACGGCACCGACCCGUACAACGGCCAACCCUACCUCUCCGGUUUCAUUUCUCUGCUGCUGCGCGCCGAGCCCUACCCCACGUCCCGCUACGGGGCCCAGUGCAUGCAGGGAAACAACCUGAUGGGCAUCGAGAACAUCUGUGAGCUGGCGGCCAGGCUGCUGUUCAGUGCCGUAGAGUGGGCCAAGAACAUCCCCUUCUUCCCGGACCUGCAGCUCAUGGACCAGGUGGCGCUGCUGCGUAUGUCAUGGAGCGAGCUCUUCGUCCUCAACGCCGCCCAGUGCUCCAUGCCGCUCCACGUGGCCCCUCUGCUCGCAGCGGCCGGCCUGCACGCCUCGCCCAUGUCCGCGGAGCGCGUGGUGGCCUUCAUGGACCACAUCCGCGUCUUCCAGGAGCAGGUGGAGAAGCUGAAGGCCCUGCAGGUCGACACAGCCGAAUACUCCUGCCUCAAGUCCAUCGUGCUCUUCACGUCCGAUGCUAUGGGUCUGUCAGAUGUCGCCCAUGUGGAGAGCAUCCAGGAGAAGUCCCAGUGCGCCCUGGAGGAGUACGUAAGGAACCAGUACCCCAGCCAGCCCAACCGCUUUGGACGCCUCCUCCUGCGCCUGCCCUCCCUGCGCAUCGUCUCCUCCCCCGUCAUCGAGCAGCUGUUUUUCGUGCGCCUGGUCGGCAAGACCCCCAUCGAGACUCUGCUCCGCGACAUGCUGCUCUCGGGCUCCAGCUACAACUGGCCCUACAUGCCCACCGUGCAGCGCGAGCGGCCCAUCUCCCUCCACUAUAACGAGAACGGCCCUUGAGGUGCAGAGUCCGACCGAGGAGAAGCUGCAGGAGAAUAUUUCAGGCUCUGAUACGCGUCCAUCCAUCUUUACUUCUCUUCAUUCUCUGCGUUCAGUUUCUCAGCUCUCCCAGAGGAUUGCGCCUUCCUCGCCAUUCCACUCAAAAAUCCGCUCCGACGGUACAGUCCGUUACCGUCCAGGUCACACAAGCCAGCCAAUCAUUCACCUCGGCCGCCGCAGGAACCUGCUGGCCCGCUGCAGCCCCCUCACCCGACGGCGUAAUCUCCAUUUGAGAUGUGGCACGAGAUGGACUGGCUGGUAGAACGGGUUAUUGCACAGUUCACCAGCAGGUCUGUUGGACUCGCUUCAGAUGUCAUGUUACAAACCCCGAUGCAAACAGAGGCAGCAAAAGACAAAAAGAUUUGCUCUACUGUCGGUGCUAUGCCUUCAUCUACAGAGGCUGAAAACGAGCAUCGCAGUGCGGCGAAUACCGAGCAAGGGCUUUGCCAAUGGGACUCUACCACCAAGAGCACAGGGCCCCCGCUGUGUAUUCACCAAUUUUUGAAAAGAAAACCAGAAGCCAUUAAAAAAAAUAAAAAAUAAAAAAUAAAGAAGACAAAUGCCAAAAUGUCUUGGACUUUUGCAGAGGACAUGUUUUAUUGUGUGUUUGUAUUAGCACUGUUUAUAUGGAGAGAGAAACUCAUGAUUGUGUCCAUAUGUACAGUUUACCGUUGAUUCAUAGGCAUCUAUAGCAUAUUAGGCUUCAAUGGGAAAAGCUCAGGUUCAAAGGGUGGGUAUGGACGGACGAACACGCCAAUAUCAGUACAAACAAACACAACAACACUGCAACAAUUCACACUAAUCAGCAGCCUGUGCCAAAGCUGGAAAAACGCAUAUUGUUUGGAUUAUUUUUGCGGUCGUGUUGGUGAUGAAAAUGUAAUGUUUGGUUUUGUCUAUAAUUUGACUAUAUACUUGUUUUUUUGGGGGUCUCAGGGGGGCAGAGGAGUUUGUAAUAAAAUAAAUACAAAUAAAAGCUGAGGCACUUGCAUUGUAAUCAGAACCGACACUUACUCACUCCUGUAAAAUCACAGCACUGGUAGAGUCUCGCUGCCCUUUGUGUUAUCUGAUCAGUCUUUAUGAUUUCACUCGUUCAAAAUGCCCGAGUCUAUAAACUCCUUUACAUGAUGUUAUCACACAGCUCAUCUUCAUUCUUGUUUUCAAUUUAGUCAUGAUUGUCAAUAUUGGACCUUUUUUUUUCGAAUUGGGGGGAGGGGGGGGGGAAUAUUUUUACAAAAUUAGCUGUACUUGCCUUAGAACAAACAUUUUGUCACUGAGCAUUUACUGUAUCUUAUGACUGUGCCAUAAUCUCUCGUUACCUGUUAUAACAGGUAUUAUGUCCUGUCAGGAGAGGAAUUGAACUCACGUGAUGUGAAAAUGGAUAACGUGCACCUAAUAAUAAUAAUAAUAAUAAUGUCACCGAAAUGCGAUGCAAGAGAUUUAUUUUAGCGCAUCAACUUAAAAAGACGUUUCUUAUUUAACAUCAUCAGCAGCACUUUCAUUUCUUUUGGACCUCAUGCAAGUUCUUUUCCACUUCCUGAUGAUGUUGUCAUGUAGGGAAAAACCUCCUGGACUCAUUUGAGCUUAUCGUACCGAUACCGUAGAGAAAUGUAUCACUAACCUCUGAAAACCUCAGUCUACGUUACAAUAAUAUCCCAGUUGGACUUAUGACUGUGACCUAGUUUAGGAAUAUUUGAAGAUGUUUUUUCUUUUUCUUUCGUUCUUUCUUCCCGUCGAUGGAAGCAAAUUAUUAUUAUUUUUUUUUGACGACCUGUAUCACAUUUCCAACAUGGCACUGUGCUAUCGAUGUCAAGUCAUCCGGGACCUUAGAAAUCUGCCUGUCGAUAAAAAGGAAUUCACAGAAAGUUUCUAUGAGUUGGUUCUUAUCCCCCUCGACUUUUGUUUGAAAAUAUGGAAUAUCCAUUAACUGAAAUAAAAUUCUGUUGUUCACA